UUAUCUUGUAACUCUCCAGGGAAAAAUCAAGGCGGCGCACUAUGUUGCAACGAAAAGAAGUCAAAAAAGAGGAGUCAGAAGAAGUGAAAGAAGGAAACAGCAUUAAAAAAGAAGAAUCAACUGAGAUGGGUGUGCAGAUUGAGGAUGAAGUGGGUGAUAACUCAGAGCCAACCAGGAAGCGAGGUAGACAGCACAAAGAUGACAAAGCCCCUCGGCAGCCAAAGCGAAGGAAAAAGCCCCCAGUGCAGUAUGUCCGCUGUGAAAUGGAAGGCUGUGGUACUGUCUUAGCCCACCCGCGCUACCUACAGCACCAUAUAAAAUACCAGCACUUGCUAAAAAAGAAGUAUGUGUGUGAUCACCCUUCAUGUGGGCGCUUGUUUCGUCUGCAGAAGCAGCUGUUGCGCCACGCGAAACACCACACAGAUCAAAGGGACUACAUCUGUGAGUACUGUGCUCGUGCCUUCAAGAGCUCCCAUAACCUUGCUGUGCACAGGAUGAUCCACACAGGAGAGAAGCCAAUUCAGUGUGAGAUCUGUGGCUUCACUUGCCGUCAAAAGGCCUCCUUAAACUGGCAUAUGAAGAAGCAUGAUGCAGAAGCCUCCUACCAGUUCUCUUGCUCCAUUUGUGGAAAAAAGUUUGAGAAAAAGGACUCUGUUGUUGCCCACAAGGCCAAGAGUCACCCCGAGGUGCUCAUAGCUGAAGCCUUAGCAGCUAACGGUGGCUCUGUAAUAAGCAGUCCCGCCCCAGUCCCAGAGACUGUCCCUGUGCUCACCCAGCCUGACCAGCCCUCCGUCAGCCAGGAGAGCCAGGAAGCUGUGGGUGGUACGCUCACCCCGCUGCAGCAGGUGGUGCUCCCGCUCGCCCCACAGACCCAGAUAGAUGUAUCUCAGGGCCAGUUCCUCCAGCUGCCAACGCAUCACGUGGUACAGGUGGCUCACCAGCAGCAAUCCCCUACCUUGCUUCACCUCACCACUUCGUCUCCGUCUCACCUCCCCAGCACCAGCCACCCCCAGCUCAUCCAGCUCCCCACCCUCCCCGCUAGCACCACGUCGUCCAUGACCGCUGCCGACUCCCAGAGCACCCUGCUCACCCUGAGCUCAGUCACCACCCUGGCUCCCCAGCAGACCGUGCAGUGGGGCAAGGAGGCUGACGAGGUUGCACAGAUGCCGGGGGAGGGCGAGCUGUGGGACAGGGUGAUAGUGGGCGGAGGUCAUCAGGAUGUCGGGGAAAUAAUGUGGCAGGGCAACAGGGAGAGGAGGAAGGAAGAUGAGGGGAUUGUUUGGGAGCGGGAAGGAGAGAGGCAGAUUCUGUUACAGUGUGCAGAGAUUCAUGGAGAUAGUUUAAUCUAGAUAGACAGCUAGACAGGAACUUCAUGGGGACAAAGCUGAAGGGAAAAAAGACUAAAGGAAGUGUUAAGAGUUGAUAAGCUGACAUAAAUAUUUGAAAUACCAGAAUUUAUGGAGUACUCCGUGGAGUAUAACAUUGUAGUCACAUAAAGUUCAUGUCAGGGAAUAUGAUUUAUAAUAUUAUAGAUCACAUACACUUCUUUUACCACUCAAUGAAUAUUUUAUAACAUUUGAUUUGUCACCCUGUGUUUGUAUAUAUGUGUGUAUGUUAAACAUUUUUUGAGAUUAAAAAGACUUAAAGAUGACUGUACAUUAUGUGCAAGAAAGUACAAAAUGACAUUUAUUUUCUAGUAGUAUUCCUGUUCUGUUUAUAUGCAUCUUUUUGCAAGGUGAAGUGAUGAGUUUCAUUGAUACAACUGGGUUAACUCCAGUAGUUUCAGUUGCUCAGAGGUUACUGAAUAAUUGCACUGUGAGCAACAACUACCACCAAAUCAGGUUUUGGUGUAAAUGAAUCUUUGGUAUAAGAUUACUAUAUAAGACACGUGAAAUUUUUAGUUAAUUUUUAGUCUGGACUUACAGACGAAUCUAAAUAGUUUUGCUUUCAUUAGAGGCUUUGGCAAGGAGAAAUUACAGACAAAAUCUAAAAUAAGUUUAAAUCCUUAAGGAAAGCCACUGUUCUUCUCCACUUGUCUUUACAAAAUGUGGCAGUAGGCCUGUCGUACAGCGGACAUUCUGAAAUGUGAUCGCAGCAAAAGCACAGGGUGCACAUUAUCAAUUACUCACUUCUGUUCAAGUGUUCCAACAAUCCACGACAGUGAGCCAGGAUCCUGAAACUGGAGCAGCUAAAUGGAAUUCAGCCGUCAUUCAUUUUAUUAUUUACACCUGUGCUUUUUCUACAGUGACAUGUCAAAAUGUCUUCAACAUUUUGUUAUGAAAAGAUCUUAAUCACCUUCCUCGUUUUAUUCUGUGUGUUCACUUUCCAGGACCUGAGUAGUGUCAUUCUUUCCAAAGUGUACUAUAUGCUGUCUUAUUUAAUCAAUUACACAUCCUUGCUUUAGUGUUUUUUCACAGUCUAGGUUAUACAGGCAGCAGUAUUAUAAUCAAACCCCCUAGUGGGAUUGUCUAAAUGGAUGAGGAAAUUAUUUUUGUUAGCAAUUUUUUUUGAAGCAAUGUUAGAUGAUAAAUAUACCUCUGCACACUGCCACUACUACUGAGUACUCAUAAGAUUCCAAUCUUUAUUUAUCAGAAAAUGUGUUCAGAAUAACUAUAAUAAACAAAUUGUGUUCUGA